UCAGAUCAGCCGAACUUACAAACGUUUGCUUUCCUCGUUAAGAUUAACACUAAUGAGCAUGACUUUCUCUGUGGUGCCCUCCUCAACCACAAGCCUGUACUUGGAUCCCAGCAGGGGCUCAGUGCCUGUGUGUGUGUGUGUGUGUGUGUGUGUGUGUGUGUCUUUGUGUGUGUGUGUACAUGAGAGAUUUAGUGUGGGUGUACGAGUGUGUAUGUGAGUGUAUACUCUGUACUAGAGUAAAACAAUGGCCCUCUCAGAUUACAUCUCUGUCUGUGGAGGCUGCUGGGGAGGUGGUGGUGAGGGGGGCGGGACGUCCUGUGUCAACCAGCCAUCUGAUUGGAUAAGGCCACUUAUAUAUCUACAGCACAGGGCCAUCAAACUCACUAAAAGUUCACAUUUUGAGCAGAAAACACUCAGUCCGCUUGGACAGCAGGAGAUACUGAGCACUGGCAUACAUCUUUGGGAAUUAAUUUUUCUUAUCUACCAACAUCAGACCACAUUCCUACUUUGAUUCUCGUCUUUUUGUUUUUCUGUUCUCUAAUUUUUUAUUAUAAUUUUUUUUUACAUGCGUAUACAGGGAGCAUAAUUGCAGUACAAACAACCAGAAAAAAUUGACAGGUCCUGCAAUUGGCUUUAAUUAAGCAAACUUUGUGUCAUCAUCACAAGGUGGUCUUUGCUGGAAUGAAUAUAUCUGAGUCUAGUUAUUGUCCAGAGGCCAGCACUCAGCCCAGCCAGGUUGUGGAGUGUGGAGCAUGGGUUGCUUCGUCAACUUCCAGCCCAAUAGGUCCUGAGCGGAGCCGCAGGUUUGAUCAUGAAGCAGUUGGUGGAGUGAAGGAGAGGAGAACAGGAAGCCCAGAUUCAAGCCAAGCCAGUGAGGGAAAGUGUGGGGCUGAGCCGAGGAUCCGCAGGCCCAUGAAUGCCUUUAUGGUGUGGGCUAAGGAUGAACGCAAGAGACUGGCAUUGCAGAAUCCAGAUCUGCACAAUGCUGUGUUAAGCAAAAUGCUAGGCCAGUCCUGGAAGGCUCUGAGUACGCUGGACAAGCGUCCCUUCGUAGAGGAAGCCGAACGCCUCCGGCUGCAACAUCUCCAUGAUCAUCCCAACUACAAAUACCGGCCUCGGCGCAAAAAGCAGGCCAAAAAGAUGAAGCGAGUGGAGCCUGGUCUACUUCUCCAUGGUCUUGGUGGAUGCUCUGGGAGUGGAGAUGCCUACCCCCAGCACCCUCAUCCCCACCACCUUCUUCCCUCGUUGGGCCAUUUCCGAGAUCUUCACCAUGGAUCUGGUGUACAGGAUCUGGAGCUCUAUGGCCUCCCUACGCCUGAGAUGUCUCCUCUAGAUGUGCUGGAGGAGGGUGGAGGAGACUCUGUCUUCUUUCCCCAUCACAUGCAGGAUGAUGUGGGCUUAGCACCUUGGGUCAACUACCACCAGCACCAACAGCAAAGCCAAAGCCACCAUGCUAACCACCAUCCCCCGAAUAUUCACUCUCUCCACCACUCCCACCCCCACCUCAACCAGAAACCUGCACUAGGUUGCCGUUCCAUGCAGGAGAAAUGCUCAGAACCUACGAACCCUCACAAUCUCUUCCCUUCCCAUUCUAGUACAGCUCUCCCAGAACAGGCCAAGGUCCCACAACCCUCUAGUGCUCCACUUCAAAGUGUUUACUAUGGUCAGAUUUAUGGAAACACCCCACAACAGCCCUUCACCUCUCAACUUGGCCAACUUUCUCCCCCUCCAGAAUCUUCUACCCCUGUUCCUACUCCCUCUGCCUCCCAGGUUCCACCACCCUCCCUGGAAAAUAACGAUCACCUAGGACCUUCAGCAGAUUUCUGGAGCGAUGUGGACCAUCAUGAGUUUGAACAGUAUUUGAGUGCCAGCAGGACUCGAGUAAACAGGAGCACUGCAUGUGAAGAAAGCAGCACACUCAUAUCAGCCCUCUCUGAUGCCAGCAAUGCUGUCUACUACAGCACCUGUAUUACUGGAUAAAGACAUAACUCUCUAGCAAAUGCUAGUUUUAAAAUCAGGUGUAUAUGAUUUUUUUUUGUUAUUCUAGAUUAUGUUUAUUUGAUCAACUGCUUUGAGCUGAUUAAAUUUUCAUCCUAAGUGUCAAGUGAGUCAUUUCAAAUGUUGUUUAGGACAUGUAAUAGUUGGGGGGUUUUUUAGGAGUUGCGGAUGAAUACGUGUACAUUACAGACUACAGAAAGAUGCAUCAUAUUGCACCUCUUUUUAAGGGUUUUAUAAUAGAGUUCUGAAGGCCACAGUCAGUUUGUCCAUAGUCAGUUUGUCCAUAGUUUAGCAGACUACAUUCAGCUACAGUAUUCAUAUAUACCAGUCACAGUAAUGUUCAUAUCAAAUAAGGCUCAAAAAGCAGGGACAAUAAGAAUGUGAAUGUUUCUUUCAUUUUCUCAGAGGGUUUUGUAUUUACAAAUGAGUUUUUUAAUCUUUCUUUUAUAUAAUUGUUUAAAAAAAUAUUACAUUUGCACUGGGUCAGAAUGUUUUGAACUGUAUGAGAAACCACUCGAAACUCCUGCACUUGAUGUCUCUCAAGCAAAGAAAGUCAUGUUCAUGAAAGAGACCACAAAAUCAUCUCUGGAAUUUGGAUCUCUUGAAGGCGGUAAUUUAUUGUGUAUUUUUCUUGCCAUAUGACUGAAAAGGUCAUUUAGUAUAUAUGUAUUUUAUUAAUCCUCUGUAAAUGUAUUCUGUAAUCCUCUGAGUCAGCAUUGAGAGACAUGUUGAGUUAGUAAUAACUUUCCAGCUUUUGGUAGUAAUUAUCUUCAAAUAGAAUUGUUUUCAAUAUAAAAAAAAUGUCUCUCAGCCAUUGAAUCAAAACAAGUAAUUGGAAACACACAAUUCAUUUCAUAGAAUUGUUUCCCACACUGAAGAGGACAUAUACAUUUUGAUUUUAUACAUGUGAAUAGUUGUUGUUCUUAAAAAAUGCAUUUGUAUUGCACAUCCACACAUUUCACUGAGUAUUUUUCAAAAAUAAAGGCUUAAAACAUGAGUGGCUCAAGAAUUAUUAUAUCUGUAGCACAUUUUCAGAGUAGUGUGACAUUUUGUAGUAUUUGAAUAGCCUGUAGAACUAGAGAUGUCUGUGGUGACUGUUGUCCUUUAAGAGACAGAGAGGCAAACAAUAGUCACAAUGUUUAACAGCUCUAAUUCAUUUCCACCCCCCUUUACUCUCCCUGUCUGAUUUUCUGAUCACCCACAAAAUGAGUUUGGCUCAUGAAGCUAAACCACUAACAAAAAUAAAACAGUUUUGACUGAGAAGAACAAAACUCAAACUCC